AUGGAUUUAAGAGUUGGAGGAAAGUAUAGAAUAGGCCGAAAGAUCGGCAGUGGCUCUUUCGGUGACAUUUACAUGGGUAAGAACCUCAUAUCUGGCGAGGAAGUAGCAAUCAAACUGGAGAACGUAAAGGCAAAACACCCGCAGUUAGCCUUCGAGGCUAGAGUCUACAAGGCUCUGGCGGGGGGACUGGGCAUACCUUUCCUCAGAUGGUAUGGCCAAGAGUGUGACUACAACGCAAUGGUUAUUGAUCUAUUGGGCCCAUCCCUUGAGGAUCUCUUCAACUAUUGCAAUCGUAAGUUUAGUCUCAAAACCGUAUUGCUCCUCGCCGAUCAAUUGCUUUCCCGCUUGGAAUUCAUCCAUGCCAGAUCUUUCAUUCACAGAGACAUCAAACCGGAUAACUUUUUGAUGGGUGUGGGUCGAACUGGUCAUUUGGUCCACGUUAUCGAUUUUGGUCUGGCCAAAAGAUACCAAGAUCCAAGAACUAAUUUCCAUAUUGAGUACAGGGAGAAUAAGAAUCUAACCGGUACUGCCCGAUAUGCCUCCACUUUAACUCAUUUGGGUAUCGAGCAGUCUCGGAGAGAUGACCUAGAGUCAUUAGGUUAUGUUCUCAUCUAUUUCUGUCGUGGUGCUCUCCCAUGGCAAGGAUUGAAAGCUCUUACUAAGCGACAAAAGUACGAUCGAAUUUUAGACAAAAAGUUAGGAACAUCCGUCGAAGCACUGACAAGAGGAUUACCUGUCGAAUUUGCGGAUUACAUGACAUAUGUUAAGUCUCUCAGAUUCACCGAUAAACCUGAUUACAUCUAUCUAAAGAAACUGUUCAGAGAUCUUUACGUUCGCCAAAGAUUCACCAAAGAUUAUUUGUUUGAUUGGAGUAUAUACAAGUUCAAGCUGAAGCAUCCUGGUCUUACUAAAGGGGAAAAUGAUACUCAAACUGAUGAACAACAACAGCAGCAACAGCAGCAGCAAGUGCAACAGGCAAUCUCCCAACAAAAGCAACAACAACUGCAGCAACAGGAUCAGCAACAGCCACAGCAACAAGCCCAACCACAACCGCAACUUCAACAACAGGCUCAACAGCCACAGCAGCAACCUCAACAGCAACAGUCACAGCCACAGCAACAGUUACAGCGAGACUCCGUGCAGCAAGGUCUCAAUUCGGAUGUUCACAUGUACCCUAUGUACCCUGAUCAGAACAAUCAGAUGUCAAAGACUCCUUCCACUCAGCAAAAGCCAGUGAGAAAUAUUUCGUCGCCUGGCCUCAAGAUGAACAUCCAUUCGUCUGCAGCUAAAGAUGCCGACUACUCCCAAUUCAACAAUCCAAGCAACGAAACUCCAAAGGUCAACAAGUGGCUUUAG